UUUUGCCUUAUUUACGUUUUGGGGUGUCUGUCAAAGGAAAAAUUGAAAUCAAUUUUAAAUUCCAAUUACAUCAUUGUAAGGGGACAUACUUACACCAAAAAUAAGAAGUUAGACAAAGACAGAAGUGAAGAUUAGUUAUUUGUGCGCCAACGAUGACGGAAGCUCGACUGGAGCUGGAGAGCGUACGCACAGCCACCUUUGUGGAAUGGCCUCUAAAUGCCCCCGUCAGUGCCAAGGAAUUGGUGACGAAUGGUUUCUUUGCCACAGGGAAUUGGCUGGAGGCCGAGUGCAACUGGUGUCAUGUGCGCAUCGAUAGAUGGGAGUACGGGGAUCAAGUGGCCGAAAGACAUCGACGCUGCUCCCCCAUUUGCUCCAUGGUGCUUGCACCCAAUCACUGCGGCAAUGUGACGCUGAGUCAGGAGAACGACAGCGAAGGCAACAGCAUGGUGGAUGGCGGUAAUACCUCCCCAUGUGCCUGUCCUGAUCUGCUCGUGGAAGCGAACCGAUUGCAGACAUUCAAGGACUGGCCAAAUCCCAAUGUUACGCCUCAAGCUCUGGCCAAGGCUGGUUUCUACUAUCUGAAUCGCUUGGAUCACGUCAAGUGCGUGUGGUGCAAUGGCAUUAUAGCCAAGUGGGAGAAAAACGACAACGCUUUUGAGGAGCACCGACGCUUCUUCCCCAACUGUCCGCGUGUCCAAAUGGGACCGCUCAUCGAAUUUGCUGGAAAGAACCUGGAUGAGCUGGGGAUUCUGCCCACCCAGCCCACCACCCAGCCACAGCGCCCAAAGUACGCCUGCGUGGAUGCGCGAAUGCGCACGUUCAACGACUGGCCCAUUGGGAACAUUCAGCCCCCCGUGCCACUGGCUCAGGCAGGUCUCUUUUAUCAGAAGAUCGGGGAUCAGGUGCGUUGCUUCCACUGCAAUAUUGGGCUGCGCUCCUGGCAGAAGGAGGACGAGCCCUGGCACGAGCACGCCAAGUGGUCGCCUAAAUGUCAGUAUGUGCUGCUGGCCAAGGGACCAAGCUUUGUGCGCGAGGUGCAUGAGACUAUGGCGGCAUCGUCUGGUUCCCAGAUAGCAACGGCUCCAGCUCCCCAUCUGGAUGCCCUCAUGGACGAGGGGCCGGCCAAAGAAGCCCUCGCCCUGGGCAUAGAUGGAGGAGUGGUGAGAAACACCAUUCAACGCAAGCUUUCCAGCUCAGGCUGUGCUUUCGAAUCACUGGACGAACUGCUGCAUGCCAUUUUCGACGAGGCGGGCUGCGAAACUGGCGUCGAGGUGCGGGAGCCUACAGAGCCAACUGCACCGCCCCUUGAUUGCUGUCGAGCCACCACCAGCAAAGCGGCAGCAGCCUCCGAAGUCACCCAGAUCAAGCCAGAGCCGGAUGUCAUUUCCCAGACACACAUCUCGGAGCAGAUGCAGAGAAUGUCCCUGGCGUCGCCAAAUGGCAAUAUUUCUCUGGAGGAGGAGAACCGCCAGCUGAAGGACGCCCGUUUGUGUAAAGUGUGUUUGGACGAGGAGGUUGGGGUGGUGUUCCUGCCCUGCGGUCACUUGGCGACGUGCAAUCAGUGCGCCCCCAGCGUGGCCAACUGUCCCAUGUGCCGGGCCGACAUAAAGGGAUUUGUGCGCACAUUUCUAUCGUAGAGCAGCAGCCGCUGGCAUAUAUCAAUACACAGUACAUAUAUUAGAUAAUUACUAAGGGUAUUCCUUCCGUGUGUGUCUGGCAAGAACAGAUGCUUCGAACUUUUGUUUAUGUUCGGGUUCUGAUUACCCAACGCCAAAUUAAAUUAAUUUAAUGAAAAAAUAGUUCAAAUAAUCUGUUGGUCAGCUAAUGGAAAUGGAAUACGAAUACCUUUAACUAUAUAAUACCUACUGAGUAUAUACCUGCAAAACUGCAUCUGGUGAUGGCGAUCUAUCAUCCGUAUUGAUGUUAAAUAACUGAUAGGUUGCGGUUAAACGUUAUCUACCCUUCACAGUCUAUACAAUACACUAAGAUUAAUCUUUCUUAAGAAGAGCAACACAUCACAAAAACUUUAAGCAAUCUCCUAUCACUAGACGCCGAACACUACCAGUACUAUCUAGCUGUGAAGGGUUGUACACAAGUCGCUGCGUUUAUCACGUAUCUUUAUUUUGUUAUUGUAAUCCUAUUAACAAGUGUGUUUUUUUGUUGAUACUGUUUAUAGGCCGCUGAUAAGGUAUAGACUACACAUAAAAAUAUGAAAUCUCGAUUCGAAUACGAAAUAUAAAUAUAUAUGUAAAUGUUAAA